UCCCUUGCCAACUUGUCAUGAGAGAUUGAUCGGCUGCACCUACACUGCAUGAUGCAUCUCUCCCUCCCUCUCACCGCCUAUAAAUCUACCAGCUUAGCAUACCAUCUCAUCAUCAUUUCACUCACAAGCCAACCACUACAACACCUAGCUGAGUAAACUACCACCUGAGGCAAGAGUUUUUCUGAAAUUUGUGCCAACAAAGAAAGAGAAGCUACCAUGGUCAAUGCCAAGAGGAUUGCUCAAUCGGCAAAGAGGUGGCAGAGGAUGGCAGCCAUGGGGAGGAAGAGGAUCACCCAGACUAUGACGGCAAAAAGAGUCGCUGACCACACGACGACCUCAGUACAGGUGAAGGGACACUGCGUAUUGUACACCACCGAUGGGGUCCGGUUCGAGGUGCCACUAGCAUACCUCAGCAAUGCGGUCUUCGGCGAACUCCUGAGGGUGUCUCAUGAGGAAUUCGGGUUCUCAGGCGGCGAUGAUGACCGUAUCACGCUGCCAUGUGACGCCGCACUUAUGGAGUACGCCAUGUGCUUGCUCAGGAGAGAUGCCUCUGCGGAAGUUGUAAAGGCAUUCCUGAGCUCCAUUGCGAGGCCGUGCCGCUUUGACGGUGGUGUAGGGCUUAGGCAGCAUGUAGCUGUUUGUUAACUUCUCAAGAACGACAGCUAGCUAGGAUCCCUCAUGUAGACACCAUUUUUGUACCAUGGAAGAUGUAAAUAUGAAGUUAGUAGACUGGAAAUGGAACAAAGAUUCCUGAUGACAUUUGUUUGAA